GACCGUCAAAGGAUGUUGUCCCGCAUCUCUAGCCGCGCGCCUGUCCGCUCCAUGGCCGCGCCUGCCAGCGCCGUACGCUCCUUCGGCACGGCCGACAACGAGACCAAGGAAUCGCUUGCGAAGGCGUUGAGCGACUUGCAGAAGGAAUCGGCGGCCAAGACCGUCCCUUGGUUCUUGGACAACAUGCCCGCGGCGUACUUUCGCGCGAUCACCAAGGAAGACCGUUUGCAGCACUUGAACGCGCUCACGGCGUUGGUGAACGCGCAACAACCCGAAGUGUUGUUGAGCUCCCCGGACAAGAAGGUGUACUCGUACAUCCGCACGGGCGACUUGUACCCCGGUUUGUUGUCCGACAUCAUGGACCAGUUGCCCAAGGACCAAGGUGAAUUGGCGCGGGUCAAGAUUUUCUCGUCGCUGGACGACUCGUUGGCCGUGGACGUGUUCCGUUUCGGUCGCCAAGAGCCUUUCCGCGGCGACACCCCCGAAGAAAAGACCGCGCGUGACACGAUCCAAGCAUACGUGGCCGACAUCCAAGCCGGUAAGUAUGCCGGUGUCGAAGGCGUGCCAGAGCCGGCCGCGUACUUUACGCCCGAAGCCGUUGACGAGUUCUUGUCGCUGUCCAACUCGAUGUACGUCAAGUUUAGCAGCCCCCGUCGUUUGGCGACGCAAAUCGCGCUCUUCCACCGCGUCCGCGGCACGGAAGGCGUGGCGGUCAGCGUCGAACACGGCUGGGAAAGCAAGAGCGACGAAAACAAGCUCAGCGGCGGCAAGGUGCCCCAGACCAUGAUCACGCUGGCCGCGUCCAACGUCCUCACCAAGCACUUGCUGCAACGUGCCGCCACGUACUUGGGCUUGAAGGACUUGAACGUCCGCCGCGCGCAUUUGGACGUGAUUGACGACCGCAAAAAGGGCUCGGGCACGGUGUCGAUGAUUCGCAUUUUGGUGUCGCCAUCCGAAGAAGACUUUCGAAAGAACACUCAACUCGACUGGAAGCAGAUCGAGUACGACUUGCGUUACCUCAAGUGGCUCGACGACAAACCCAUCGACAUUGCCCUCGCGCACAAGAACGUGGUGGACAUCCCCCAUGCCGAAAUCAUCGCCACAUACGCGCACAUGCUGCAUGGCAUCCUCGCCAAGGUCGACCCGUACGCGUACUCGUUGCCGCGCAUUUUCGAGCUGCUCAACCACCCGACCAACGCCGCGUUGGCCGCGUCGAUCGCGGAUUUGUUCUUGGAACGAUUUGACCCGAACGCCGCCAAGAAGAUGUCGGGCGACGAACUCAAGACCCGCACCGAAGCCAUCAAGGUCGAAGUGCGCAAAAACGUCGAAGGCGAAGACGCGAUCCGACUGCUCAACACGUUUGCCGACGCCAUCGGCGCCACGCUGCGCACCAACAAGUACGUCCGCACCCGGUACGCGCUGGCGUUGCGCAUGGAUCCCGACUUUGUCGGGUACGGCACGGUCGGCAAGGAAGUUCCGUUUGGGGUGUUUUUCAUCCACGGGCGUCGGUUCAAGGGGUUCCACGUCCGCUUCCGUGACAUCGCGCGCGGUGGCUUGCGCGUGGUGGCGCCCGCGGGGUCGGACGCGCACGCGUUAGAGUCGGCGCGCCAGUACAACGAAGCGUACAACUUGGCAUUUGCGCAGCAGUUGAAGAACAAGGACAUCCCCGAAGGCGGGUCCAAGGCCGUGGUGCUCGUGGAGCCGCGCAGCUCCAACAACGACGCGACCACACGCAACUUUAUCAUCCGCAAGAGCGUCAAGGCGUUUUCGGAUGCGCUGUUGGACUUGAACACGACCGACGAAGCGGUCAAGUCGCAAGUGGUCGACUAUUACGGCAAGGACGAGCUCAUUUACUUGGGCCCGGACGAAAACAUCAUCCCAGACGACAUUACGUGGAUGACCAAGCGUGCGGCGUACCGCGGGUACCCCAUCCCCCGCGCGUUUAUCAGCUCCAAGCCGGACGUGGGUAUCAACCACAAGGUGUACGGUGUCACAUCCGAAGGCGUCGCCGUGUUUGCCGACGUGGCGCUCCGUUCGCAAAACAUUGACCCCCGCAAGCAAUCGUUCACGGUCAAGAUCACGGGCGGGACCGACGGCGACGUUGCCGGCAACAUCAUCAAGAUCUUGGCGCGCGAAUACGGGUCCAACGUCAAGGUCGUGGGUAUCUGCGACGGCACGGCGUCGUUGGACGACAAGGACGGGAUCGACAUGGACGAACUGCUGCGUCUCGUGGACGAAUCGCUGCCGCUGUCGAGCUUCAGCGCGACCAAGGUGCGCGCCGGCAACUUUUUGCUUGCCGACACCCCCGCCGGCAUCCGCGCACGCAACACCCUGCACAACCGCGUUAAGUCGGACCUGUUCAUCCCGGCGGGCGGGCGCCCCAACACGAUCAACGAAAACAACUGGAAGGACUACGUGGACCCCGCGACGGGCAAGGCGUCGUCGCCGCUGAUCGUCGAAGGCGCCAACUUGUUUGUCACGCCUGAAGCGCGCCAGCUGCUGUUUGACAAUGCCGGCGUCGUGAUCGUCAAGGACAGUUCGGCUAACAAGUGCGGUGUCAUUUGCAGUUCGUACGAGAUUGUGUCGUCCAUGCUGUUGGAACCCCAAGAAUUUUUGGACAUCAAGGACGAACUCGUGCACGACGUGGUCGAGAAGCUGCGCCACUUGGCGCUCGUCGAAGCCGAGUUGCUCUUCCGCGAGUACAAGCAAAACCCGAACGCGGCGCUCCCGCCGUCCUCGGAGCGCAUCUCCCGCGCCAUCACCCGUCUCCACGACUCGAUUGUCGCCAACUUUGACAACCUUGCGGUCGACCACAGCGACUUGCUGUACUCGUUGGUGGAAGAGCAUUUGCCAGCCAAGUUGCGCGACGUCGCGCUGGACCGCGUGUCCAAGCAAGUACCCCUCGCGUACAUCAAGUCGAUUGUAGCCGCGAGCUUGGCUAGCAAAAUCGUGUACCGCGAAGGGUUGCAGUACGUCGAGUCGCUGCCGGCGUCCAACUUGUCCGACAUUUCGGUGGCGUACUUGAAGCAAGAAAAGAAAGUCCAAGCGCUCGUGGCCGAAGUCGAAGGCUCGGGCUUGGCCCACCGCAGUGACAUUGCCGACCUCUUGGUGCGCGGUGGCGUCCGCGCCGGUGUCGUCACGUUGUAAGGCGAGUAGCAACAAUAAUACACAUACAAAUCAAUCGGUUCCACAUAGGUGAUACAGUACAAAGUCCACAAGCGAACGAGAAUGAUAUUACUAGGACAUGGUACACUUGACAAACCAACUUUUGCACAUGUG